UAAUAAACGCAUUUAAUUAAUUAACCAUAUUAAAUUCCCGAGCUUAACCACUAACUGUCCCAUGCUUUGAUGAGCACAUACACACUUAUACCAUUACGUAGUGCUGUUGAAAAUCAAACUCGCUUAUAAGUUUUCUUCUCUAUAAUUUCCAUAUAAACCCAUCAUUAGUAUAAUUGUAUAAUCAAAACACGCUUUCUUCUUCUUAUGGGUUUUCCAUCUUUCUUAACUAAUCACCACAAUUAAAUUAUACGUAGUAGGUAGUACUAUAUAUAAAUGCAUGGGCGCUACCGCUAAGUGUGGCAAUAAAAAUAUUUUGUUGCGUAGAAGCUUAGAGGAGGAGGAGGAGACGAUGAUGAUGAUGAUUCUUGGUUUCUUGAUUGUCGCGGGACUUCAGGUGGCGGAAGGCGGAGAUGGCGGGGGUGGUGGCGGAAGAGCGUUUUUCGUGUUCGGGGAUUCGUUGGUGGACAAUGGAAACAACAACUUCCUCGCCACCACCGCCCGCGCGGAUUCUCCGCCUUACGGCAUAGACUAUCCCACUCACCGCCCCACCGGCCGCUUCUCCAAUGGCCUUAACAUCCCCGACAUCAUCAGUGAGAAGUUGGGCUCGGAGCAUCUAAUGCCAUAUCUGAGCCCGGCGUUGACCGGGAAAAAGCUUCUGAUAGGUGCCAACUUUGCUUCGGCCGGGGUGGGAAUACUUAAUGAUACCGGAAUCCAAUUCGUAAAUAUAAUUCGGAUCCCAAAGCAACUGGCCUAUUUUGAACAGUACCAGCAAAGAGUGACAGAAAUGGAAGGAGCAAACAAGACGAAGAAACUGGUGAAUGAAGCACUAGUUCUAAUCUCUCUGGGCGGAAAUGAUUUCGUGAACAACUAUUAUUUGGUGCCCUUUUCUUAUAGGUCUCGCCAAUAUCCCCUCCCUCAAUAUGUCACUCUCCUCGUCUCCGAAUACAAAAAGAUACUCAAGAGGCUGUAUGAUUUGGGAGCUCGUCGGGUAUUAGUGACCGGGUCUGGGCCGUUGGGGUGUGUGCCGGCGGAGCUAGCACAGCACAGUCGUAGAGGCGAAUGCGCGGUGGAGCUGCAGCACGCCGCCGCUUUGUACAACCCUCAACUCGUUCAGAUGAUUAAAGAACUUAAUAGUGAAGUCAAAGCAGACGUGUUUGUUGGGGUCAACACCAAUCUAAUGCACAUGGAUUUCAUUAGUAGCCCUGAAUCUUUUGGAUUUAAGACAUCAAAGGUGGCAUGUUGUGGACAAGGAAGAUUCAAUGGACUGGGCUUGUGCACGCCACUGUCAAACUUAUGCCCAAAUAGAGAUGAAUAUGCAUUUUGGGAUGCAUUCCACCCAUCAGAAAGGGCUAACCGAAUGAUAGUUGAUCAGAUCAUGAAUGGAACCACCGACUAUAUGCAUCCAAUGAACCUCAGCACUAUCAUAGACUUGGACUUCAAGGCUAGCCUCAUUAGUUAAUAAUUGAUAAUUAGUCAUCCUGUUCAAUUUGUGUUAUUUAUAACUUAUCUGAGCCAAUGAACAAGUAGAGGUGUAUUUUGUUUUCAUAUGACAUUAAUUUUAAGAAAAGAGCAAUGGUAUACUAGUAUGAUUUAAAUUGUAUCUCCAUUAACAUCUCUUAUUAUUUAUGAAAUAUGAUAUAUUUUAUUUUGUUGGUCUCC